AUCUAAUUAUGUAACGGGAUAUAAGCUUUCAAACUCAAUUAUUAUUACCUUCCCGACUUUCACUCUUUUCUCUUCUCUUCUCUUCUCUUUGCUAUCUUAUUGAUCUUCCGUUGAAGAUGCUCUAGUUUUGUGUCGCAUUUUCUGAGAUCUCUAAUGCAAUUCAGAUUACCUAAGAAGCAAUAAUGGCUGAUUUUGGUAGAUUGUUGUAUGAAAAUAGCAUGAAUUCUCAACGUGAAGAUGUGUUGAGUGCAAUAACUCCUUUAUUGAAGUUAUUAAGUUUGACCAUGAUAGGAUUAGUGCUUUCGCGUUUCGGAAUGAUACCGAGAGCGACUUUCAAGCUACUCAGCAAGCUUGUGUUUGCUCUGUUCUUGCCGUGCUUGAUUUUUACUGAUCUGGGUCAAUCUAUAACCCUUCAGAAUUUAAUCCAAUGGUGGUUUAUACCAGUGAAUGUGGUGCUUAGUACACUAAUUGGGUGUUUCUUAGGAUAUUUGGUAGUACUUAUAUGCCACCCACCUCCUGAAUUCAACCGAUUUACAAUUAUAAUGACUGGGUUUGGGAAUACGGGAAAUCUUCCUCUAGCUAUUGUGAGUUCAGUAUGUCAUAGUCCUGAUAAUCCUUUUGGGUCGGAUUGUAAUCGAAAAGGAGUAGCUUAUGUCUCGUUUGCACAAUGGGUUGCUGUAAUUCUGGUGUAUACCCUUGUUUACCAUAUGAUGGAGCCUCCUAUGGAGUAUUAUGAUAUUGUACAAGAAAGUGCGGACAUUGAGGAAGGUGAAUCUGUAGAUGUCAGUGCACCACUUCUUGUAGAGGCUGAGUGGCCUGGAUUUCACGACCAAGAAACUGAACAUUCUAAGACCCCCUUUAUAGCAAGGGUUUUCGGAAGCAUCUCAAGUCUCUCGAGUUUUCCUGAUCUUGAUCUCAGAGAUGAAGCAAUCACGAGAGGCAAUACACCCACCUCAGUCACAUGUUUUGCUGCUCCAAGAGUAGUUAGAAAGAUGAAGGUUGUUGCUGAGCAGACUCCAAUUCAACACAUACUUCAACCACCAACUGUUGCUUCAUUAUUGGCUAUAAUUGUGGGAUUAGUACCUCAUAUUAAGGACUUUAUAUUUGGAAUUGAUGCCCCACUGUCAUUCGUGACUGAUAGUUUAGAAAUCUUGGCGGGUGCUAUGGUUCCAGCUGUGAUGCUUAUGCUUGGAGGUAUGCUUGCUGAGGGGCCAAAUGAGUCUAGCCUUGGACUUCGAACAACAAUUGGUAUCAUAGUAGCAAGGCUCUUGGUUCUUCCUUUGGUUGGAAUCGGCGUGCUGGCAUUGGCUGAUAAACUGAACAUAAUUCUUGUUGGUGAUCAAAUGUACCUGUUUGUGCUUUUCUUGCAAUAUACCACUCCAAGCGCCAUUUUACUGGGGGCAAUUGCUAGCUUGAGAGGCUAUGGUGUUCGAGAGGCUUCAGCACUUCUGUUUUGGCAGCACAUUCUGGCCCUUGCAUCGCUUUCUUUGUAUAUUGUAAUUUACUUUAAGCUUCUGUCAUUCAUUUAGGAUUAUUAGUUUCAGCCUUUAUAUACAUACCUCAAGUUUUGAACUUAACAACUGUUAAUAUGUAAUGUACUCUUUUUA